AAGAUGAAUAAUGUGACGGAGUUCAUCCUUUUGGGUUUGACCCCAAACACGGAGCUUCAGAAAUUCUCAUUUGUUGUCUUUUUAACUGUCUACUUGGCCACCCUGGCAGGAAACCUGCUCAUCAUGGUUACCAUCAGCACCAGCAGAGCCCUCAGAUCCCCCAUGUACUUCUUCCUGUCUUACUUAUCCCUUCUCGAUGGCUGCUGUUCUUCCUCUAUGACUCCUAAAAUGCUAGCUGACUCUCUUUCUGUGAACAAAACCAUAUCUUUUCAUGGAUGUAUGGCUCAAGUCUUUGCUGAGCAUCUUUUCGGGGCUGCUGAAAUUAUUCUCACAGUGAUGGCCUACGACCGUUACGUGGCCAUCUGUAAACCCCUGCGCUACAGGAUCGUCAUGAACCACCAGGUGUGUAACCUCCUGGUGGCAGUGGCCUGGGCUGGAGGCUUUGUCCAUGCAACCGUUCAGAUCCUCUUCACUGUCUGGCUACCUUUCUGUGGCCCCAAUAUCAUAGACCACUUUAUGUGUGACUUGAAUCCUUUGUUGAAACUUGUCUGCAUGGACACCCACACCCUUGGACUCUUUGUUGCUGCCAACAGUGGGUUCAUCUGUCUAUUGAACUUUCUCCUCUUGAUAGUCUCUUAUGCAGUCAUCCUAUACACUCUGAAGUCUCACAGCUUGGAGGGAAGGCGUAAAGCCCUCUCCACCUGUGUCUCUCACAUCACCGUGGUUAUCUUAUUCUUUGUACCCUGCAUAUUUGUGUAUCUGCGCCCAGUGACCACCUUCUCCAUUGAUAAAGCUGUGGCUGUAUUUUAUACCAUGAUAACUCCUAUGCUCAACCCUUUAAUCUACACCCUCAGGAAUGCAGAGGUGAAAAAUGCUAUGAAGAAACUCUGGGUCAAAAGUUAA